UACCAAAUCCCGAUAGUUUUUACCACAGCCUGUUCCGUUCCUUCAUAUAAUAUAAUAUGAUAUAAAGGCAACAAGACAUAAGUCCCCUUAAAGAUUUCCUUAUUUGCUAGUGUGUUAAAACCGAAUCACGAUGUUUUUAAAAAACCUAUUUUUCGUAGUAUUGGCCUUGUAUACGAUUUUACAACGCGCACACGGUGAGGAUUAUGCCAAAGAAGUUCAAGAAUUAUUUGGUUUAAGAAAUACAAUACCAACUUUAAAUUUAUAUCAUAGAGGAAACAAAAGCUAUUAUAUCGGCAAUAUUUUCAAAGGUAAUUUGUUACAUGCCCAUCAAUUCUGUAGAUACCACGACAUGAAUUUGGUCAACAUAGAAACCCAUGAGGAGCACGACUUUUUGGAAGAAAAACUGAUUGAAACAGGUCCUCCUGAUCAGUAUUUCUUUACUUCUUUCACGAGAAUACCUGACGACAAACUUUGGAUUUCUGUAACAAGUGGAAAACCAGUUGCAUAUUUCAACUGGCAAAAAGGUGAACCCAACAAUAUCCAAAAAGAAGAACAGUGUAUUGUAGUGCGCACAGAAAAUAAACAAUUGAGAUGGUAUGAUGGCUUCUGCUGGAAUCAUUAUUAUUUCAUCUGUGAAGUUAUAUGGACCAAAACGGACUCGAAAUUGUUGCAAGUCUUAAUAGAUAAACUCGAAAAUCAAAUUGAAGGAAAAGGUAAUGUUAGCAUGACCAUAGGAAUGCCGACUGUUCAUUAACCAAAAUGCUACACUCCAUAAAAAAAGUCAACAUAAUAUUUUAUAUUAUAAAAUAAAAGUAAAUAAACGGACUUUUUGUUUGAAUAAAA